CUCCAGUACUUUCCAAUUGCACUCUUUGCGUCACUCUAUCCAUGUACCCACUCGCCCAAUCCCCACCAAUGCUCAUCCUCGAACGGAUUGUAUUCUUUUACGUUGGAAAUCUCAUGUAUUUUGAGCCUGGCCCGAAUGCCUGCUUCUGCGCUCCAUAUACUCGCCUUGCCGCCAUACUUGGAGUCUGUCGUUCGUGGCGAGAGGCUGGAUUAGAUAAACUCUAUGAGGAGCUUUGGUGGUGUAAUGUGCACAGCUGCACCUUCUGUAAUAUGCGGAGUUGCUGUGGUCGAACACUUACACACAAACUCCAUGGGUCAAUAUCGGCUGGCAAUAUACUUCGCGUGAGAAAACUGAGGCUUCACUGGGAUGUCGCAACUAUUGCAGACGGAUUAUUAAAUGGUGUGUUCCAGACUGCUCCAUUCAGUCACACAUUCCCCAAGGCUACUUCUGUUGAAUGGUCUUUUUGGUGCGGUGGUGAACGAGUCGAUGCUAGUACUCCUGUUGAAUCAGCGCUUGCCAACGCAUUCUGCAGCCAUAUCUCUAGGAUAUUCCCAGAUACAAAUAGCAUUACGAUAUGCGAAUCGCCACUGUUCGCCGAUCAUUCAGACACCCCAUUUGCUCGUAGCCUUGUGUCAGGCCUGCUUGACCAAGCAACCUCGAUUGAGUGCCACGCGUCAUUGCCGGCAGGCAUUGAUCCCAUCUCUAUUUGUAUGAUGAACAUGCGCAGUUUAUCAUUCACCAUCCGGAGCGCAGAUUCAUUGGCUAUUGAGGUGAUACACCGUAACGCAUCUUCACUUGAAGUACUUCAAGUGCAUAGCAGCGUAGCUCUAGUGUUCUCCAAACUCGUUCUUGUGGACGGCAUUCCUAAAGUGUAUCCGUCUGUUCAAUCUCUGUCACUGGACUUUUCUAAUCCGCGCGAAUCCGACAUUAAUAUCCCCCUUGACUCACCCGCAGGGGCUCCUUUUCCAGCUCUCAAACAGGUGGAAUUGUAUUCCUUGUAUCCUUUCGGUAACGAUGUGGUAUUUAGGGGGUGCAGGCUAACACUUGAAAUUAUCGAUACAUCUCUGGAUGAACAAAGCACCCAGGUUUUGGUGAACCAUGGUGUAUUUGAUCCUGACCGUUUUCCCCUAUUGUCAGACCUUGCGAUAUUUUAUUUUGAAUCCAUUUUUCAAGAGCCCAAGAAGGAAAUACUCAGCCCCCUCAUCUGUCUCGGAGCCAAGUUAAGAGUUUUGAACAUUUAUACCAGUUGUUACUCGUUCGAUAGCUUAGAGCUCCCCAUCGGGAUAUUUGGCCAGAACAUCACGGUUCUCAAAAUCCCAUUCAUUAGUUUUUCACUCCACCAGGCACUGCAGCUUAUACAGACACUGCCAUAUCUGCGAUGGAUGGCGAUUGAUAUUGAUAGUACCGACGAGAUGCUCACCGACGAUGGCACACAUAGUGGCUGCAUGAGACACUGCCGCCAUAGAUGGCUCGAAGAUUACCAACUUGGCGAUAGCAACGGGAGCACUGCAGAUGGUGAUUCGGACAGAGAGGAUAUCAGCGGCCAACAUCACAAUCAGCAGGGCGAUCUAUACCACAGAGAUUACAGUGGUAACUCUUCACAGAAUGGGGAACUGCACGAUUUCCUAUUCGACCAUUUGGAUGUGGUGUACGCAAAUAUGCAGUUCCUGGAUAAGCUCUACGCAGAUUUCUACCCGCUGUCGACAACGCUAACCAUUCUGGAAAACCCCCACUGUGAUGAGCAGAAGGUAGCGAUAUGCAGGGCAAUCAUAAUUCUCAUGGUACUUUGUCCAAGCAUUCGGAUGGCUUAUACCACAUUUGCAGAGGAUGAAACCAUUGCCCGCUCGAAGGUAGUGGAGACAGAACACCAUUCUAGCCUUGUGCAUAAUCUCGAGAGUGCCAUUUAUACUGGUAACUAGCUAUUCGUUUUGGCUCAAUAGAUUUAUGGUCACACCUCAAUGAGAUAUAUCCUGUCGUCGGAGUGCUGUUGCUACACUACGCCAUACUGAUGUUCAGGUGUGGUGCUGUGAGUAAUCAUUGAUUAAGACCACUACCAUAUGAGAGUGGC